AUGUGGAGCCAUUAUCUAUCAAUCCUUGUAUCAAACUUAGUUUCUUUCUUUUUUGCUUUCUUCUUUCUUUUUCAUUCUGUUCUUAUCUGUCUGUCUGUCUAUCUAUCUAUCUAUCUAUCUAUCAGCAAUCCAAGACAGUCAAAGAAAUAUAAACCUCAUCAUUCUUCCAGCUUUUUUCUUUCCCAGCGAAAAAUACCCAUUAUCUAUGCUUGUAUCAAACUUAAUUUCUUUUUUGUUUUAUUUGUAUCUUUCUCAUUCUGUUAUCUAUCUAUCUAUCUAUCUAUCUAUCAGCAAUCCAAAACAGUCAAAGAGAUACAAAACCAAAUAAAUAUUUAUUUCCAGCUUUUUUCUUUUACAGCGAAAAACCCAAAGUGUAGCCAUUAUCUAUCUAUCCUUGUAUCAAACUUAUGUUCUUUCUUUUUUUUUUUUUUUUGGUUUCUUUCUAUUUUUUCAUUCUGUUCAUAUCUAUCUAUCUAUCUAUCUAUCUAUCUAUCUAUCUAUCAGCAAUCCAAAACAAAUGUAGAAACCACACCUUUCAUUUUCCUUUCUUUCUUUCUUUCUAUUUCUUUUUUAUCUAUCUAUCUAUCUGUUGUGAACCCGGAAGAGGUCCCAAAGAAAACUCGAACUCAGCAAUUCAGUGAAAACGUAUUAUUAACAAAAAGAACGAAUACAGAAGUGUUGCACGUCCGUCUGACGGCAAAGUACAGUAGUCAACCCGUCCACUGUCUACAAACAGAAUCUAUCUAUCUAUCUAUCUAUCUAUCUAUCUAUCUAUCUACAGAAGUAUUGCACGUCCCUCUGACGGCUAAGUACAGUAGUCAACCCGUCCACUGUCUACAAAUCUAUCUAUCUAUCUAUCUAUCUAUCUAUCUAUCUAUCUAUCUAUCUAUCUAUCUAUCUACAGAAGUAUUGCACAUCCCUCUGACGGCUAAGUACAGUAGUCAACCCGUCCACUGUCUACAAAUCUAUCUAUCUAUCUAUCUAUCUAUCUAUCUAUCUAUCUAUCUAUCUAUCUAUCUAUCAACAACACCCCCAACAUCAACCCGAGGCGCUUCGCAUCACCCGACUAUUUUUCUUUUCUUUUUUUUUCAUAAUUUAAAUGUUAAUACUUUUCAAUAUUCUUUCUUUUUCAAUUUCUUUCUUUUCUUUUUUUUCUUUAAUUUUUUUCUCCGUUUUUGUCUUUCUUUUCGAAAUGCAAUCGCUUUCUUUAGCUCUUUUUUUUCACUUGCGCUAUUCCUAUGCACCAAAUACAAGUGCCGGCAUGAUUAA